AACAGCCACGUCACGUCCUCUCCCAGCUUAUUUAUCGGAGCACUUCAACUCACUCACACCAGAAGUCUUUUUGGGAAUCUGUUGACAUUUCAUCUGUUUAAAUUUGCAUAUUUUAGACAAGGAGCCAACAGAGACGUCUAGCGAAGCUGCUAGCUUGUUUUUCUCUGUUAAUCUGCUCCGAGCUCAUUUUUCUUUCCCCUUUGUGGGUUAGCAACUUAGACGUCUGUGCUGUGGGAGUUUGAAGGCCCUGUGAGGAGUUCCCUUAAGUUUAACAGCAUGAAUAUCUUUCGACUGGCAGGGGACGUGUCCCAUUUGGUGGCUAUUCUCAUCCUGUUGAUGAAGAUAUGGAGCUCCAGAUCCUGCGCAGGCAUCUCUGGGAAGUCUCAGGUGCUGUUUGCACUCGUUUUUACCACCAGGUACCUUGACCUAUUCACAGUCUACAUUUCAGCCUACAACUCAGUCAUGAAGGUGGUGUUUCUGGCACUGUCCUAUGCGACAGUGUACCUGAUCUACAUGCGCUUCAAGAACACGUACAAUUCAGAGAACGACACAUUCAGAGUGGAGUUCCUGUUGAUUCCAGUCAUUGGGCUGUCCUUCCUGGAAAACUAUGCUUUCACUCCACUAGAGAUCUUGUGGACCUUCUCCAUCUUCCUGGAGUCCGUUGCCAUAAUGCCCCAGCUCUUCAUGAUCACAAAGACAGGCGAGGCGGAGUCCAUCACCACCCACUACCUGUUCUUCCUCGGCCUCUACAGAGCCCUCUACAUAGCCAACUGGGUGUGGCGCUACCACACGGAGGGCUUCUUCGACCAGAUCGCCGUCGUGUCCGGAGUCGUUCAGACCAUUUUCUACUGCGACUUCUUUUAUCUUUACGUCACGAGGGUGCUCCGAGGAAAAGGAAAGAUGAGCCUGCCGAUGCCGGUUUAGACUUUAAGUCUGUGCCUGCCAAAGUCCAGCGUUGGGUCGCAGUCCUUUUGCCUUUCCCUAUAGCUGUACUUAGCAAUGGGACUAAAGGUUUUACAUCUGUAGACCAAAAUUUUAUAGGUUUUCUGUUUGUUACUUUAAGUCUGUGUUCGUGCAUAACUUUAAGUUUGUCUACAACAAUGCUGUACAGAUGUAGAUGCAUGUAUGACACAGAAUGAGCACCACGGUCUCUACAAGGUACAGCCAGGAGAGUUUGUAUUUUUGUCCAACAUUUCUUUUUUAGAAACUGCUUUUGACUCUGGAGAUCUUUCAUAUAACCAGCUUAGUUUUAAUACUAAUAGUUUUGAAUGUUGAAUCCAUGAAAAUGAAUCUGAAGGUGGUUUCAGCUGGUGUCUUGAGCACUCGAUAGUUGACAAAGGUUCCUACACUAAACAUUAUCACCAAAUGUCCAGUCCUACGUGUGAAUACCCAACGUGGUUUUUUUCUCACUGUUUGUAUUGAUACACACUCCCUGAAUAACUUACUGCAUUUAUUAUUGCCAAGUAUGUUACUUUUAUUUUUGUAUUUCUUGUUAACUUUCUUUUGUAUUUUGGCGUUUUUGUUAAUAGGGGGGGGCUAAACAUCAUAUUGUGUUAUUAUGAAAAGCCAAAGAAGCUGCAGUAUUGUAGUUAAAUUUGUUUUACCAAACUUCCUUAUUCCCUAUUUGAGAAGUGAGAAAUGUGUGUGUCAAAGAAAUUGGAAAUCCACAUGCUUCUUUCUGUAUUACAUGAUGAAUUCUUCACUCAAAGAUCUGCUUAUGUUUUGUUUUCAGAGCAAACUGAAACACAAAUUACUUCAGUCUUAAAGUGCUCUUAAGAUGUGCAGAGACUGAUGUGUUCAACAUGCUGCUGUGAGUUUCCUUUCACACAUAAUGUCUUUGUAAUAAAGUUGAUCCAUCUUGACUCAAACACUCAAA